AUGAUUAUUGAUGCUCAAUUCCCAAGAGCAUCAUGGCCAAGCGGUAAAAUCAUUGAAACCUACCCAGGACCUGAUGGUCGCAUACGUACAGUGAAGAUUCAGGUAAAGGAUCGCGUGUAUAUCCGACCCACAGUCAAAUUAGUCAGGCUUCCAGCUGUUGAAGACUGUGAUGGAUAUAGACCAGAUGGAUAUGUUCCGUUUUCAGGAUUGACAGAAUCAAUUAUAGCAGCUGCUUGUUCAAGAGUUGGCAAGAGUGUGUUGCAUGUUGACAGACAAGCAUAUUAUGGUGGAAAUUGGGCAAGCUUUACUUUUUCCGGGUUGCUUGCAUGGAUUGAGGAGAAUAAGGAAGCAUUCAGUAAAGAGGAAAUAACAGAAUGGAUGAAUGACAUUAAAGAAGGUGAAGAAAUUCUACUGUUGAACUCGUCUGAUAAAUCCAUAAUGAAUGUGGAAGUAUUCAAUUUUGCAAGUCAAGAUCCUGUUGAAGAUGUAAAAGAAGAUGAUUCUUUACAGAAAAAAGAGGAUCUGUUUUUGACGGUUGAUCCAGAUGAAGACUUAAAAGAAGAAGGCUCUUCACAGAAAGAAAAUGAUUUGUUUCUGACAGUUGAUCUAGUUGAAGACUUAAAAGAACAGGGCUCUUCGCAGAGAAAAGAUGAUUUAUUUCUGACAGUUGCUGCUGCAGAAUCUUUUGAAUCUGGUAUUGACAAAAGUCCUGAUAUGUAUGUUAAUGAACAUCCAUCAGAGGCUUUAGAACACAAUGAUGUGUGUACCUCCUCACAGAAGAAAAAUCCAGAAUUAUUCCUAGAUGGAAAAAAGUAUGUUAAUGUGUGUAAAACUUCAGUGGCUGAAACAAGAAAGACUAUUACUUAUUCUCAGAUCAUCAGGGAAAGCCGAAGAUUUAAUAUUGAUUUGGUUUCCAAGCUGUUGUAUUCUCGGGGCUCUCUGGUUGAUCUUCUUAUUAAGUCUAAUGUAAGCAGGUAUGCAGAAUUCAAAAAUGUGAACAGGAUCCUUACUUACCAAAAUGGAAGUGUGGAACAGGUGCCAUGCUCUCGAGCAGAUGUCUUUGGAAGCAAACAGCUUACUGUGGUUGAGAAAAGAAUGCUUAUGAAAUUUCUCAGUUUUUGUAUUGAGUAUGAGCAACAUCCUGAAGAAUAUGCAGAUUUCAAGGAACGCACCUUUUCAGACUUUUUAAAGACCAAGAACCUGACAACAAACCUUGCAAAUUUCAUUCUCCACUCAAUCGCUAUGGUUUUAGACACUGAUCUCACCACAGAAGGCCUUCGAGCAACUCAGCAUUUCCUACAGAGUCUUGGUCGAUAUGGAAAUACACCUUUUCUUUUUCCCCUUUAUGGUCUUGGAGAAAUCCCACAGUGUUUCUGUAGGAUGUGUGCUGUUUUUGGUGGGAUUUACUGUCUUCGUCAUGGUAUCCGGUGUCUAGUAGUUGACAAGGAAACAAGAAGAUGUAAAGCCAUCAUUGACUCUUGUGGUAAGCGAAUCAGUUGUGGGCAUUUUAUUGUGGAGAGCAGUUACCUGUCAGAUGAUCAUCACCAAAAAGUAAAAUACAGGCUCAUCUCUAGGGCUGUACUUAUUACCGACCGCUCUUUACUCAAAGCAGAUUCUGAGCAGCUGAUUUCACUUGUUACUGUACCUCCUUUGAAAAAUGGACAACCUGCAGUCCGUAUUAUUGAGCUCUGUUCCUCUUCAAUGACCUGCAUGCAAGGAACCUAUUUGGUGCAUCUUACUUGUUCAUCUGUAGAAAAUGCAAAAGAAGAUCUGAGUCCAGUGGUGUCCAAGUUGUUUUCUGAAAACAUAAAGACAGGUGAAAAGGGCGAAGUAGAAGCAGAGAGGCCCAAUGUUUUGUGGGCACUUUAUUUCAAUAUGCCAGAUUUCUCCUCUGUGGAGAGAAGUUCCUAUGAUCUUCCCAACAAUGUCUAUGUAUGCUGUGGACCAGAUAGUGGUCUUGGGAAUGAUUGUUCAAUUCAACAGGCAGAGCACAUAUUUCAUCAGAUGUUUCCUGAUGAGGAGUUUUGUCCUCCUGCACCAAAUCCUGAAGACAUAGUUUAUGAUGGAGAUGGAGCUCCUCCAGAGGAGUCAUUGUUUAAAGAGCAUGAGGAAUCUGAAGUUGGAGAUGGAGAAGAACGCACAUUAGAUACCAAACACCUAGUCACAUCAACUACAAAUGAGGCUGAAGAUGCACAAGAAUCUGUCAAAGAAAUUCCUAGUGAAUGAACCAAAUUUGAUGAGAAAGAUUUAUUCCUGAUUGGGACAAAUACAAAUUGUCAACAUUUAUAUCUUUUAAUGCUCUGAACUGUAAAAUUUUAUCAUAUUUCAGAAUGUAAACUUAUAUAUGGUGGAUUAUUGUAAAAUUCAACAAUAUGACCAAAAUGGUUAGUUGGCAUGUAUUAAUAUUUAAUUAUUUUAAACCACUAGUUUUGAUUAAAAGUGUUAGAGGAUAAUAAAUUAUAUAAGAUAUA